AUGGCCAUUGUAGCUCUUUCCAUGACCGAUUUGAAGGAGCUACCUGCGCUUUUGGAACGCGCACUUAGUUCGGAAAAUUCCGUACGAUUUCAGGCGGAACAAGAAAUUGAUCGUCUUACUCUCUUUCAGGGAUUUUUGUCACAGCUAAGUCACUAUGCUUAUUUGAAUUUGGAGACUGUUCCUCGAAGUCAUCGUCUUUUGGUUUUGACUGUUCUAAGACGGAAAGUCAGUCUUAUCGCAAUAGAAGAAUGUUUUGAGGUGAGUAAAAUUCUUAUGGAUUUGUUUCCUUUGGAAGAGGAUCGCCCUGUAGCAAAUCUUUCUGCUGCCGUUAUAAGUAUUAUUGUGUCAAGAAUGGAAUCCAUUAAAACAGAAAACAUGGUGGUAUCUGGAUCUCUUCAUUUCUUUUUAAAGUGGCUGUCUGAUGAAUUUUUUAAAUUCAAUUCAAAUCGACAUGAAUUGAACUUUAUGAUACUACUUUCCGAGUUGAUAAACAAUCUUCCUAUCGGCUCCAUCACUCGCAACGAGAUUUUUUCUCUCACACCACUUUUAUUUCAACUUGUUGUUUCUAAUACCCCGAGAGAGGCUAGUUAUUUGGCUGUUAAUCUGCUGAGAGAGCUCAUUCUUCCUGCAAUAUCAAUACGAGAAUUUUUUUUAUCGGGACUGAUAAAAAAAACAUGGGAGGAUUUUUUUCCGGCCUUAUCGGGUGCUCUACUGACGCCCUUUUUUUCUUCAAAAGGGGAACCAGAAUAUCUUGUCCGAAACAGGCUGACUUUGGGAAUUACGGCGCUUUUCAAUGAUAUGUUGCAAGUUGACAAAUGGACAAGAAAAAGAAUGACAGCUAACAUUUUUUGUGGUUUACUGACGCGUAUUGAAGCGGAUAGCAAUGUCUACCUGGAAAGUUUAGAAAAUGAUGAGAAUGAUGAUGAUGCAAGUCUUGUUAUUCAACAGAUUGCUGCGAAACGUUGGGAACUAUUGGGAUUUAUGGUACAUUUGAAGACCCUGAGGAGUGAUUUAGGGAAGGCCAUUAUUAAUAAUUUGUCAUCAUUCUUAAAUGUCGUUUUGUCGCACACGAUGUUGUGUGAUAAGGAAGCCGAAGAAUGGCUUAUUGAAGCAAAUGACUUUCUUCGUAAGGAAGAAGAACGUGAGGAUGAAGUCUUAUGGAAUGUUCGUGAUACUGCAGCAGAUUUUUGUAGGAUCUGUGUAUCACUUCUUGGAGACGGGGGAAAAAUUGUGCGGGCACUUCUGGAUUUUUUAAUUUCUGCUGAAGAGUCAUGGAAGAAGAGGGAAAGUAUCUUAUUUGUAUUGGAAGUUCUUUUACGCCGAUGUCCCAGGGAGACCAUUCUUAGAGGAGUAGGUUGUCAUUCUCAACUUUUGCAAGUACUUCUUGAAAAAGAUAUACAAGGGCCGGCUAUUCUUUCCUCUCGAGCACUCUCAUUGUUGGGUAUAUUAUUGUCAAUGAUGAAGCGGGAGCGGAUAGGUGCAGAAUCCCUUUGUGCCUCGCUUAUUCCUCAGGCGGUUGUUUCGUUGUCAAGUUCUGUUCCCUUACUUCGUGCUGCAGCAUGCAAACUUUUUCAUCGCCUUAUUCCUUUGGCCCAUGUGGAUGAUGCUUUAACCUUUUUUGCUAAGGGUCAAGAGGCCCUGUUUUCGCUUCUUCUAAACGAGUCUACUUCGGGUGAAUUGUUGUACGUGUGUCUUGAAGUUCACACAGAGUGGAUUGCUCGAUGUCACAGUAAGAGAAGAGAUGUUGCUUCUUCGGAAUCUUACAAUAACCUGUUUCUUUGCUGGAGGAAUCAUAUUCGGGAUCCAAAUAUGGGAGAGUUGGUUGUAUCUCUUUUUGGUGAAUUAAUCACAGAGUACAGUGGGGAUGAGUUUCUCACGGGUCAUUUUUCAUGGCUAGCUGAUGUACUGAAUAGUUGUUGUGGCACGGCAGAGUAUUGUGUUGUACCUUUUGUUGUGCAAAUUUUGACAUGCAUUUUUGAGAAGGGAUCUGAUGAGGUGGCAAGGAAGGGGGCCGAGUUUUUUACUGGCGCCCUCUGUAGACUGUUGCUUGGGACUGAAGAGUCUUCUAUCAUAUCGUCUGCGUCGAAUUGUCUUGCUGCUCUCUUGCAGCGUUCUCCACAAGUGGGAGCAAUGACGGUUCUUGUAGCCAUUCCCUCAAUGGAGAAGCCAUUUUCGGUAUUGAAUGGGGAAAAGUUAUCCUGUAGUGAUCUUGUUGAAAUCCCUACCUUGCAGAGGGAUGAACUCAAACCGCAUCCCCUUUCUUCCGUGCUUGUCACGAUUGCGAUGAAAAUGUUGGGGGAGGAAAUAAAAGAAGCCUUGUUGAUGAAUGUGGGAGGAGUUUUGGUUGCCAUUGCACAGAAUACGAGUGUUUUUCAUGAUGAUGAAAUUGAAAUACUUAUUACAACCAUUGUACGUCGUCUUAUGAGGGUUCGCACCGAUACGGUGACGCAGGAACUUGUAUUUCCUCUGGCUGUAUUAAUGAAACUCCAUAUGCAUGCUUUUAUUAAUGUUUUGUGGUCAUCCGGGAUUCUGAUUGAAAUGUUUUCCGUAUGGUUGCCAAAGAUGAGUGUGUUCACUGUGAAAGGGGCUCUUUUUCACUCAUGUGAUGCAUUGCUAGAUCUCUUGAUGCAAUGCCCAUUGGAUGAAAGACUCUGUGGCCAAUUGCUGGCAUGGAUUGAGGAGGAUUGCAAAAGGGGUACCUUGCCUCUGGAUGUGGCGCUUUUUGUUGCUGUUGGAAAAGGUCUGCUUAAUCUUGCCACGCCGGCCUCUUUGGACUACGAAGAGGGAGAAGAAAACGAGGAGGAGAUGGAAGUAAGCGAGGAGGAGGGCGAAAACGAACCGGAAGAGGAUCAGGAGAACAAGGUGGUGGAACAGGACGCUGUUACAGGGGAGGUGUCGCACGAAUUGCGAUACCUUCUACAAAAGAUUUAUCCCCUGGUCACAAAUUACGGUCCUGCCGCAUCCGUUUGUUUCUCACGGUCGGAACUCAAGAAUUUGUCCGAUUUGCUUGACGCCGUGACGGCAUCAUCUUGA